CCAAAAAAAAAAAAAAAAGAUGGAAAAGAAUGUUGCCAAUCGUUGUCUGAUAGGGAAUUAGUAUGCAGAAUGCACAGAGAGGAUUCCUAAAGCUCAACAAAGUCAAACAGCAUGACUCAAAAAUGGGUAGAACUGAGAUGGACGCUUCUCAAACAAGAGCAUGCAUGGCCAGAGAGCACAUGCAAAGACGCUCGGCACCACUGGUCACAAGGAACACGCCAACUAAAACCGCAGUGGUCCCCCUCACACCCACAGGCUGGCUGCCAUCGGGAAACCGCGGUGUGGAGAGGCUGGACCCCACGCCCAGCUGCCGAGCAGGGCCUGGGGCCCCUCCGUGAGGCCCAGCAGCUCUGAUUCUGGGUGAUCCCCAGAAGAACCGAGGGCGGGGACGAGGGGGCAUGCCUCCUGCCCACAUUGACAGAGCCUGCAGGAGGGGACACGCCCCGGUCCAUCGGCAGAGGAGGGUGAGCUCCCCUCUGCAGCCCCACAGCGUCUGGUGACCAGGGCAUCUCCCCACCUGGCCCUGGAGGCUCCCUGUCUGUGCCACAAGCACCUGGUAAGAAGCUGCCGCAGAGACCACCCAGGGCCACUCCACGCUGCCCAUGUCCCCACAUCAGCAAGACGCCACCCUCACAGGGCUGAGGGCUCCAGCCGGGGGUGUGGAUGCCUUCCAGCCCCGGGCCCAGUGGCCAAGUCAUCCUGCCCACCCAUGUCACGUUGCAGGAUAAGAAGCACAUGGCUGAGGGCCACUCAGGGCCACGUUCAACUCCCGGCGGCCAGAGGUCCACAUCUUAAAGGAGGGGGACUUGACCAAGUUUAGUGCAGACAAAUGUGAAGACAUGGUGACCGAGUGGUGGCUCAUCCCCCAAGGCUACAGGGUCAAGUGCGCCCCAGUCAGGGUUCCCCAGACACACGGGACCCUGCACUCCUGAGGACUCCCCUGUGCCCUUGAUCACAUCCACUGAUGAAUCCUGUAUCAUGUCCAGGAAGAAAAAAAGGAUCUGACCCGUGCCACACGGGAGAACUCGAAGGUCUCGCGGUGAGUGAAAUGAGCCAGUCACAGAGGGACACGGACCGUGCGAGGCCUCCUACGGGAGGUGCCCAGACCCCCGUCCAUGCCGACAGUGGAUGCGGUGGCCAGCAGCUGGGCGCAGGGAGGAGGGUCAGUGUGCCGGGGGGCAGGGCUUCAGUCUGGAAUGAAGGGUUCUGGAGGGGACAGUGGUGGUGGCCACGCCGUGACGUGCUCACAGCUGCUCAGCGGUGCCCUUGAAGAUAGUCAUGCUGGAGAGCUCUAGGCCGCCCGCUCGCCUUCCACCACCGUGAAGCAGGAAGCUCGGCAGCCAGAGGCCCACGGGAGGGCUUCUGGUGGCCCCUUCCCGCCAGGCCUGCCCUGUGUGCUCUCCACGUUGCAGACCUGCUGCAGUAACCCUCCCACCGUGGUCCCAGUAAAGCAAGGACACUGGCUGGACCCCGAGGUGCUAGGAUCUCCCCCGUCCUAGCUGCUGUGGACAGAGCUGGCUCAGCCCUGCAGGAAAGAGAGCUGUCGGACACACUGGUGUCCCCUCGCUGUCCUGGGCCUAGUGUCUGCCCUGGGGCUCCAGGUGCUCCCUGGCACCUGAGCCUGGAGCCAACAGAACUGGGGGCCGUUUUCCCACUUUCUGGGGACAGAGCCUCCGGGGGGCUGCUGUGAGGGUUCCCUGAGACCCUCUCAAACUGGCCAGCAGGGUGCCCGAGGGCAGAUGGCACUGCGUCACCUUCAUAGGGUGACACACCACCAACAGGACCAGGUGCUGUGCCCAGGCAUGCCCCUUCUGACGGCUCCUUCCUGCCCUCGCACAGCCUGUUGCCCCCAGCGUGGACACCUCACAGGGUCAAGCUGACUGCAGCUACCUGCCCUGGGCAGAAGGUGACGAUGUGCCUGGUGCUCAGAACCAGGCAGGGACAGCCCCUUGCCCUCCUUGCCCCAGCAGGGGGACACACUGUGACCUGGGAGGAGGUCUGUCCUGUGACAUCUGGAGGCUCCCCAGCUGCCCGUUGGCCUCAGGCUCUGCUGAACUUUGAGCCUUCGCCCUGGCUCAAGUCCCCAACGUGCCACAGCACCACCUCUCCAGGGUCCCACCGGCCCACGGCUGCCAGGCCACAGCCACAGCCUCAUCUUUCGAGCUUCACGGCCCAGCGCUCCAGUGUCCAGGGCCAUCAGGACCUGGGUCUCCAAGUGUGGUGGAGGCUCCAGGUCUCGGCUCCAUCCUGUGACCUUGGGCAAGGCCCUUGGCCCUGCACCAUCUGCCUGCCCCUCCCCAUCCCCACGCUGUGCCCAUUAAGGCCAGGUACUGCCCAGUCUGGACAGGCUAGCCAAGUGCCAGCAAGCCCCUUGGGGCAGCCAGUGCCAGGCUGGAGUGCCCGGGACGGGUGGAGGACAGCUGCAGUCGCAAGAUGUAAACAAGCCGGGCGCUCCCAGGUAUAAAGCCUGACGUCCCCUGGUCCUCUAACACACGGCCUGACUGCCUCCCAAGAGCCCCGAGGAAAGCCAGGCGGACAGGAUGGACGAAGACUUCUCCUCCCAGAUGAAGAAGAUGGCCCUGGCCAUGGGCACAUCCCUAUCAGACAAGGACAUAGAGCUUCUGCCCUCAGACAUGAGGCACCACGGGUCCUUCAACUACCUCAAGUUCUUUGAGUACAUGCGCAAGUUCCAGGCCUCGGGACAGUUGGAGAGCGCCAUCCGCAAGGCCUUCCAGACCCUGGACAAGGACAAGAGCGGCUUCAUUGAGUGGAACGAGAUCAAGUACAUCCUGACCACCAUCCCCAGUAACAUGCCCACUGCCCCCCUGACGGAUGAGGAGGCCGAGGCCAUGAUCCAGGCAGCCGACACCGAUGGGGAUGGAAGGAUCGACUACGAAGGUGGGGGCAGCCAGACGGGGCCCCAGGGACUCCUCCAGUGCCCCACCCCAUGUGACCACCUGGCCCCACAGUAAUGGCCCUUGCCAGUGCUGGACACGCACUAUCCAGGCAUAGCAUUGAGUGGCCACCCCACCCCAGAUCUCUCAGCACCCCAACUCAAUGUGGGGAACCAGUCUGGGGGUUGCUGAGUGUGUGGGUGUCUCACUGAGCAGAGCUGGGUGCUGGGUGGGCUUGGGGAGGUUGGCUGGGCAGACAGUAUGGGUGGGGCUGUGACCAGGGAAGCGGCAGGGCUCAGGCUGCCUGUGGCUCUGGCUGCCCUAGACUUCUGGCCGCCACUCGUUGUCAUGAUACUGGGGCAGAGGGCAGGCAAAGUGGCCACCAGGAAAGGGCCAACCGGCCCAGCGCCCCAGACACCACUGUCCAGGUGUGCGCCCAUCCCUACCCACCUGUGCCACAUCACAGCCCUCAGUGCAGGGGAGGCCCCAGGCAUAAAACAGGAUGGCUGGCCAAGGGGCUGUGCAGGACUCAGGCCCCAGCCUCAGUUUCCCCACUGAGAAAGGCAGGUUGAUCACAGGGCACCUGCUCAGAAGGGUCAGGCAGGAAUCUCUGAGGGUCUCAGCAGACCCAGGUCAUUUGAGCUCAGGGAGGGUCCACUCACUGGUCUUCCAGCUCACACCAGGGCUCAGGCAGGCUGGGACGUCAGAUCCUCCAGACUGUGGGCCCUCAGAAAGGCGCACGCCUCACCACUGCUGAGGCCAUCAGAGGGCCAGCAGCCUGCCCUUCAGGGGCCAGCAGCCUAGGCUGUCAGAAAGCAGACGUGUUUACUAGGUAUGGAUUUCCUGCCCUAGAAUUUUCUGAAUUAAUCAAGAAGGAGAAGACUCCAAAGAAGAAGUAAUGCCAUGACCAGCCCUGGACCAGCAAGAGGUCCCUGUAGGGCUGUGUGGGGUGAGCAUGUGCCCUAGUGGACAUUCACGGAGGAGACCAAGGGUGGACACAGCCUGUUCCAGAAAGUGGAGGAAACAGAGCUCUAAACAAAUGCAGUGCCGCUGCCCGAGUGUCUGGGAACGCCUCCCUGCGCCUGGGGGCUGGUGGGGAGUGAGCAGAUGGGCGGGCAGGGGUCCAGGCCUCCCCUCCCCUGGUCUCACCUCACUGGGGGCACUGGGAGGGAGGUUCCCCCCCAGCCCUGGGCUGCCUGGGUCUGCCCUCUCUCUUAGCCUGGUGCUUCUUGGACCCAGAACCCUGAAGGGCCCCUUCCUGUGGGCCCUGGGUCUGUCCUGUGGCCACCUGGCCCCACACCCCCAGCUCACACAGCAGAUGUGUGGACAUGUGUGGGGAUUCCUGCAGCCCAGGGCGAGUGAGGCCCAGAGUGCUCUGCAGGUGUCCUCGGCUGCCCCCAGGGCCAGAGCGCACAGGUGGCCGCCUCCCCUGGCCUGGCUCGACGUUGGGCUGGCUCUCCCUCUCACUCCUUGUGCUCAAUCCUCCACGACUCCGGCUCUCCCAAGCUCUCUGGUGGGACACGGGCCCAUCUUGGUCUUUGCCCUGCCCACGCUGGCCCACCCUUUCAGUGUGAGCACCAUUUCUAUGCUGUCCCUGGCCCGCUCCUGGCCUGUCAUCCGUGUGGAGAGUGAGCACCAGGAGCGUGGCUUACCUCAGUGCACUCAUGGGAGCAGGUGGCCUCGUCCAGUGCCCCACCAGGAACAUCCUGUCCCAGGGCCUUUCCACGGCUGCUCCCCCAGCCUGGCAUGCUCCUCAGAUGCAUGAAAAAUCCCUCUUCUCCUUCAGUGUUUUCCUCAAAUGUCACAACCCAGAGAGGUCCCUACCCACCGUUCUGCCUUUCACUCACCCCCGGAAUCUCACGCUCCCCUUGACUCAGUCUUCCCCACAGCACCUCCCAUCUUCCAAUACACUGUGACCUUCA